CCGUGCGCUGUUAUCUUUUACUUGUGUUGAUGAGCCGAUAGACUCGGAGUCAGCCCCCUCAGCGACCGUACCCUCAUACCUCAUACUCGACUCGUGCCGGGGCACUGUGGAUGCCGAUCGCUAUGGCGGUUUCUUCAUCCACACCUCCGAGGCGAUCUGACACGACCGAGGUUCGAACUCGAGUGCGAAGCAAGUUGAUGAGCCUGUCAGCCGUUGUCAUGUUGUGGCUUUUGCGUCCAGGCCUCGAGAACGCUCUACACGUGGCGGAGGCGGCGGCGGCGUUGGGAGGAACAGGUACGAGAAGACUUCAGGUCGAGUCAUCGUCCGGAGCCGCUCCAACCACAGCCGUUGAGUGCACGAGCCCACCGUCGUGUAGUGGAGACGAGGAAGGAGGGCAAACGGAGGGGAGUCUGAAGCUGGUUAAUGACUCGUCAAGCUCGGUGGCAGCAGAAGCAGAGGUGACGGCAGCAGCAGCGGAAGCAGAGGGCUCGGUCCGCUCGGGCGCACGAGAAGAACAGAACACGGACACAGAAGAAUCAGGGCUAGAGGCAGCAGCGCCCCUGAUUGGGAUGCAAUACGGGUACUGGGAAACAGAGUCAUGGUCCGAAGCGGAAAUGGAGCUGUGGGCAGCUGAGGUGGCCGGGUUGUCCGAAGCGGAAAUGGAGCUGUGGGCAGCUGAGGUGGCCCGGGGGGGGUUCUCGCCAUCAUUGGGUACACUGACUCCAGCCCCGGCAUCCACCGAACCCGCAGUCGCUUCGGCACCGAUCUCCGGUCAGGCCCGUCCUCCGGGUGUCCUCUUGUCAACCAACGGAGGAGUGAUUUAUGCCCCUUGUUUGCAAGUCGUCAGCGGCAUGGAGCUUUCGAACCAGGGAUCGAAUCUUCUCGUCACUUCGCAUGAAGCAAGCAUGGGCAAUUCCUCGACGAUGAUCACGUUCUUGUCGACUACUUCGGGCCAUCAAGAGCCAGUGCAAGUAGUGAGUGCUAGAACGGCUGGAAGUUUGGCAUUCAAUCCGACGGAGAAGACGAAGCUAUACCUUGCAGAUGUGGCAGAGCCUCCUCGACUUCUGGCUGCUGAGGUUCCAGAUACUGAGACAUGUCUGAAUACCUCAACGAGGGUAGAGACCCUUCACACCUUCGAAGAGGAUCAUGGAAGAUAUCCGUACGUGAAAGCCUUGUCCUUCGGACGACAGAGCUUUUCAGGUGACGGCAGCUGUCUGUACUUCGUAGACCCCUCGCUCAGCCAAGUAUGGGGUUUCAAGCCAUCAUCGAGUACGUUUACCCUUGUUUGGGGAUGGAUGCAUAACGACUCGGCACCGGAACGUACUAUCGAGCCGCACGUCUUGGGGCCUGCCUCAGGUCUGCUGGACAUCGCGGCAACGUAUGAUGGAUGCAAUCUCUUCUGCAUCAGCACUCCUCUAUCGGAUUCUGAGGUCAGCGGUUGGAGCAGUUCGAACUCGAGUACCGUUUACUGGAUAACGGUAGACUCUCCAUGUGCCGCCAGUUGGAGUGUGAAGGCAGUCGCCAAAGCUGAUGGCUUUACAUUACACAGCGUGGCACUGCACUAUUUCAAGGGCAAGUUAUUUCUGUACAUCGGAUCGAAUGAUGGUAGGGUGUUUGGAUUGGAAGUUGACGAGGGGAGACUUCACGCGUGCGAGUGGUCACCUGACUCACCUGACCCUUGGCUUGAGCUUGCUUGGGCUUUCCUUUGGAAAGUUAUCACUGUUAUUCUCACCUCGGUUGUGCUCUAUUUCCUGGAGAAAUUUGUUGCUAAGACAUCGGGUGCAAACAGCCGAAUAGGUUCUCGGGUGGGGUGUCAUCUACCUUUUUUCUCCGGAAAGUGUCCUGGCACCAGAACUGCUUACCAGAAAAAGGCAACCACCUAAGGCGCUGCCGGAGCACCAUCCCGAUCUUGUACUGCGUGCGAUUCAACAUGCCCUAAAUGCGAGAUGCGUGUCGAGCCCCA